GCAGUGCUGUGAAGUGUGGUGCUCGCGUGUUCGUGUUGGAAAACUGGUGUUCUAUGGUGCCUGAGUGAAAUAUGAGAGCAAAAAAUUAAUGAUGGAUCCAGUAAACAAUGACGAACUUGAGCUUACAGCUCAAGAGCUUCAAAUAAUAUCAGAAUUAGACAGCCGGCAAUUUGGCUUCAUCAAGUUGAAUGAGCCACAGCAUGCCAAGAAGAAGAGCAUUGUGCUGCGUGCCAUCAAGUGCCUGGAGCGCAUCAUCCUUGUGGCCAACAAUUCCAAGACAAAUGAAUCUAUUUAUGAAAGCUUAGACAGCUUCACUGAGGCUGCUCCUAAUACUCAGUCAGGAAGCAAUACCAAUAACAACUAUGGAAAUGGGGGCUCUGAUAAUCUUGGUCUUGAUUCUAUACUUGGAGACACCAACUCUUUGCUGGCCAAUGUUAAAGUGGAGCCUCAGAAUUGUGAUGAUAUGUCUGGGGGACUUGCCUCCUCGGCAACCUCACUUGACUCCCUCAUGUGUUCCAACUCAAUAGACUCCUUGCCCUCUCUCAAUAAUGCCAUGAACAACAACAACAAUAUUCCUGGAAACAAUAACAACACAUCUAUUGCAUCACUUCUAUCCAACACACCAAUUUUAAAUAAUAACACUAGCAGUAACAAUAACAAUAAUUCAAUCACAAAAUUGAAUUCUUUAUCACCUCCACCGAGCAAUGAGGAAGUGCCAUCAGUGGACCCAGAGACCUACUGUAAACUGGGGCACUUUCAUCUCCUGCUAGAAGACUUCCCAAAAGCCAUGUCGGCGUACCAGAAGUACUACAAUCUACGACCCGACGACUAUUGGAAAAAUCCGACGUUCCUGUACGGCCAGGGUCACGUAUAUUUCUAUUUCCACGCAUUCCAAUGGGCCAUCAAGUCCUUCCAGCAAGUACUCUACAUCGACUCAAGUUUCAGCCGUGCUAAUGAAGUACAUCUGCGGUUGGGUUUGAUGCUAAAAGUCCAAAAUGAUUUUGAAGGAGCUCUCAAGCAUUUUCAACUUGCCCUUUUAGAUUCAGGACCGUGCUCCUUCACCAAGCUAGAAAUCCGUUUUCAUGAGGCGCAUCUCUACGAGCUUCAAGGCAAGCACAAAGUUGCUCAAGACGCUUACGAAAAAUUAUUGAAGGAAGAGAGCGUGAGCGGCCAACUACGGGCUGAUAUUUUGCGUCAGUUGGGAUGGAUGUACCACACAGUCACCUCAUUGGGCGAUAAAAGGGAGAGAGAAGAGAAAGCCGUCACGCUACUCCAAAAAUCUAUUGAGGCUGAUCCCAAGUCUGGUCAAUCUUUGUACCUGCUCGGCCGUUGUCUCGCUUCGCUCGGUAGAAUACACGACGCUUUCGUUGCUUACAGGAAUUCUGUUGAUAAAUGCGAAGGCAACGCAGACACAUGGUGCUCCAUCGGAGUUCUUUACCAGCAACAGAACCAGCCUAUGGACGCAUUGCAGGCUUACAUAUGCGCAGUACAGUUUGACAAAAGCCACGUAGCAGCUUGGACAAAUUUAGGAAUUUUAUACGAAUCUUGUAAUCAACCUCGGGACGCCUUAACGUGUUACCUCAACGCGAGUCGAUCAAAAACUUCUCGCAUUCAAAACCCAAACCUUGGCCCUCGCACUCGCUUUCUGCAGCAGCAGCUCGCGGCCGCACCCAUGCCCUCACUGGCGCGUCCCAAGACCUUGCUCACUAUAGAGGAGGCUUGGAACCUGCCCGUCGCCACAGACAUGAACCAGCGAGGUGGCAGCGCUAGAAACUCAAGUACUUCGGCUUCUGGUGGAGCGUUCAAUAAACAACAGUCACACCCGCCUCCACCUCCGUAUCAGCAGCAUCAAGACGCUAAGAGAUUCAAACCCGAUGCGUCAGAGCAACCCAGGCCUCAGUAUUACUUAAAUUCUCACCAGCUGCAAAUGUUACAAUAUUUACAGAAUAAUCAGACAUCUUUGACGCCUCCUCAGCAACAGCAACUUCAGCAUCUGCAACACAACUAUCGUCUAAUGCAGCAACACCAAAUGCAAGUCAGACAACAGCAGCAGCAGCAACAACAACAGCAGUUACAACAAGGAAGCAACAUUUCCGGACAAAACUAUGGGUCUUCCGCUCGAGGUCAGCCUGGGGGAUUUGUGAGUCCUAUCGGAGGAGUUGUUAAUGGUUCAUCCCCUGUUGCUGCUAGUGGUCCCGGUUACCUCUCCCCUCGGCCUCCAACUCCUCAACAAUAUAAUAACAACGGAGCUCCUAGUUAUUCCAACGGUUCUUAUAACAGCGGUCAGCCGCAACAGCAAUCUGCUAACCAACAAAUGGUACCCGGGGCGCAGCAGCACAAUAACUCUCCGAAUUUUUACACUAAUCAAGACCAAGUAGGAAAUCUGACACGAACGCCCAACUCAGCAUCAUCCACUCUUGCUGACCCUACGACUGUCAGUGACCAAGAACUGCAGGAGCUCAUCAGCCAAAAGGAAUUUGCCGAGUCUUUUGCUGAGGACCUCCUCAACAGAUUGGCCAAAGGAGAGAAUGUCAUGGAUGAACUUAAUAAAGGCGAGCUUGAUCAAACCGCCUUACCAAACACACAAUUUUCCACUGGUGCCCUCCAAGAUCUAACCCAACGGCUAGAUUCUAGAAAUGUUAAACAGGAAGUAGAUUUAAAACCAGACAGCAUAGUUGACGUUGGUCUUCUAGACCAUUUGCCUUCAGAAAUUAAGUUAGAGAGCAGCCCUGAAAUUGAAAUCAAGCCUACUAUGUUAUCAUCUGAGAUUCUGACCGCUUGUCGUGGACGCGGAACUCAAGCACGUAAUAUCAGUAUGAUAGGAGACAAUCAACCUCCUCCUUCCCCGCCUGAUCCUCCAGCAACGCGACUAAAUCAAGAUCAACUCGUUCCUCCCACUGCAUCCGUGUUACUCGAAAAUAAGAAGCUAGCUUUCUCUCCUCAGUUACAGGAGUUUUGUUUAAAACAUCCUAUCGCUGUUGUAAGAGGGAUUGCAUCAGCUCUCAAACUGGAUUUGGGUCUGUUUUCUACUAAGACGCUUGUAGAAACUAAUCCUGAUCACACAAUUGAGGUAAGGACUCAAGCCUUCCAACCGGCUGAUAAGAACCUGGACCCCAAUAACCCGGACCGUGUUGUCUGGCCAUGCUAUUCUCACCGCUCCCACACCACCAUCGCCAAGUACGCUCAGUACCAGGCUAAUACCUUUCAAGAAAGUUUAAAGGAGGAACAAGACCGAAUAGCUGCUGGGGGUCAACGAGUUGAUGAUUCUAAAGCGAAAAAGAAAGUCGUCAAUAAAAUGAUCAAAUUCGGCACCAACGUCGAUCUGUCGGAUGACAAAAAAUGGCGUGCUCAACUACAGGAACUGCAAAAGCUUCCUUCGUUCACUCGCGUUGUGUCGGCAGGCAAUAUGUUAUCACAUGUGGGUCAUCCAAUCCUAGGAAUGAACACCGUCCAGUUGUACAUGAAGGUUCCAGGUUCCCGCACUCCUGGUCACCAAGAGAACAAUAACUUUUGCAGCAUCAACAUUAACAUUGGGCCUGGAGACUGUGAAUGGUUCGCCGUGCCUGAUGCCUAUUGGGGAAUCAUCGCUAACUUGUGUGAGAAAAACGGAACAAACUACCUUCACGGAUCGUGGUGGCCUGACCUCAAGGAACUGUUCGACGAAAACGUGCCUGUCUACAGGUUCCUCCAAAAGCCUGGCGAUAUGGUCUGGGUGAAUUCUGGCUGUGUUCACUGGGUGCAAGCAGUUGGAUGGUGCAACAAUAUCGCUUGGAAUGUAGGGCCUCUAACCGCUCGUCAGUAUUUGCUUGGGCUGGAACGCUACGAAUGGAACAAGCUGCAGAGAUUCAAGUCGAUCGUCCCCAUGCUUCAUCUCACUUGGAAUCUCGCUAGAAAUAUCAAAGUGUCUGAUGCAAAAUUUUUCGAGCUCAUCAAGACUUGCCUAAUGCGGUCACUGAAGCAAGUGUUCCUGACUUUGGACUUCGUGCGUAUGUGUGGCAUUGAGCCGCGCUUCCAUGGACGCGCCCGCAACGAAGCUUCGCACUAUUGCGGCGUGUGUGAGAUUGAGGUUUUCAACAUUCUAAUGGUUCGCGACAUCAACGGACGUAACGUUGUGCAUUGCAUUGACUGCGCCCGACGCAUCUCACCCACUCUCGACGGCUUUAUUGUGCUUGAAGAAUAUCACAUAGAAGACAUUAUGGAAGUUUAUGAUCAAUUUGUCUUACAUUCUAUUCAGAGUCAAAGCAUCCCAGGUCAAGCUCCCACUCCACCUCCAAGCUCCCUGACCCCGACACCGAGCGCUCUAGCCACGUGACCCUCUUGAAACCAUCUCGCGCCAGCAUUUACAUUGAUGUCUUUGUGUUCACCUUUACAUCCGAUUUGCCACGCAGAAGCCACUUGAUGUAGAUACGAACGACUUGGUGGUUCAUGGCAUCCGAUAUUAUUGAGCUCAGAUAUAUUCCAGUCACUGUACAUACAAGUAACUGCACCUAAAUUCCGUUUGCAUUCUCUGAAGCUAAGUGCUGGGAAUUAUUACACCUAAUUUCUAAUACUUAUUUUUAAAAUGGUAGUGAACGGCGUAGUGCAGCUUUCUUCCCACUUGAAGAUCCUUGAAAGAUUCAUACUGAUGACGUGAAUUUUUCAUUAAAUAUGAUUUAGCUCGCGUUUGCUGUGGAGAUUGGACCGGUGGCUUUGGAGAUGUGUAGACGGUGGUUUCAUUUUCUUAUUUAGGAGCUAUUAUAAUUUUGUAAUUUCAACUUUCCCG